AUGGUCGCACCAUCCAAAUUCCCCUUUUUGCACUUGCCGCACCUUGCAAGAAAUGAAGUCUUGAGACAGUUGACUCCAUUCGAAAUUAAAUCCGCAAACAAGCUAUGCAAGAGCAUUCAGAAGAGAGCAACUAAUGGUGGAUGUUGCGGAAAUGGAAACAGAAUCGAACUGAAACUUUCAUCAAAGAAUGAGAUCACAUUAAAGUUCCGUGAUCUACGACUAACUACAUGGAGUUUCUAUUUCGAUGAUUCAAUUGAUUCCAGAAGUUUUAAAGUUAUGAAAGACUUGUAUACUUACUCGUGGACACCUAGUGAGGAUCAAGUGAAAUAUAUAAUCUUUUGGAAUGAACGAACUCGUCUCGACCACAAUCUACGGUUAUUUACUACCGGACCUGACAAUAUUGAUGUGAUCGAAAGAUGGGUAUUGUAUCUAUUGGAUUUGUUCAAUGCUUCGUUGGACAAACUGCAUUUGAACUCACAAUAUUUUGGAAUCGAGGAAAACAAAAGAAUUAUUAAUACUUUCGGAACGGAGGGUUCUGUGACGACAUUUGUUUUGGAAAAUGGCAAUGUAAAAGGAAAAGAAGAUGAAGAAUUGAUUCGUUGGAUAUUGGAGAACCAACCUGCUAGAAGGCAUCUUAAACUCAAUUUCCUUCCUAAUGAGGGAUUUAGAUUCGACUUCAAUACAUUCAAAUACUAUUUUUGGGACAUAACAAUUGAGAACUCAAAAUGGAUUUCCUUGGAACAAACUUUUGAUAUUAACUCAAUGGCGAUCGAACUACUUGGAUCCAGCUUUACAAACAACGAAUUCAAGAUAAUAAUGAACAAAUGGAAGAACGGAUGGAAUCCGAACUGGUCUUCAAUGAAAAUUGAAUUCAGUGAAACUUUGGAUAUUGAAAACUUCGUCAAUGAACAUUUGUUCGAAAACGAGGGAGAUCCUGAUCUAAAACCAUUCGUACUUUCAAAUAUUUUUCGUUUGCUUCCUGGUAAUGAGAAUACAAUUGUUUACAAUGUUACACGGUCAGAUAAUACCGUCAUUACAAUUCGAAUCAAAGAGAACUUUGCAGACUUCUUUUUGUAUAAUUUACGUUAG